CGCUACAAUGGCUUGAAGUGGCACAUCAAAGAGCUUCUGGCAGCUCUCGACGAUGACAUCGAUCAGUUUUCGUCGAUCCCCGAUUUCAGCUAUAGAAGAAAUCUAGCCAGGGCCGCAAUUUCUCAGAUGUGUGAAAAUCCCGCACAAGAUUUGAGCUCAGAUGAGGACGUUCCAGUUGAGAGUCUCCAACUGCACACGGAAUGGUCGCAAAAUGGCUUUGAAACUAAUGGAGGACCGGAUCCUACCGAGUCCUCUGACACAUGUACGACUGGCAAAGCUGUUUUUAUCAACGAUGUGAAGAUUGAAGAUGUCGUUUACGGUGGAGUAGUCCUUUCAUCGAAGGCUCAUGCGAAAAUACUGAAAGUGGACACUACAGAGGCCCUGAGAAUGAACGGGGUUUUGGGAUAUGUUGACAUCAAUGACAUUCCAAAAGGUGGCACCAAUUAUCCUGGAUCACUGCUGCAGGAAAUUUUUGGGGCUGAUGAUUCACCAAUCUUCGCCGAUGGAGAAGUACUGGCAGUAGGCCAACCCAUUGGACUUAUGGUAGCUAAAGAUUCGGAAACAACACGUCGUGCAGCAAGACUUGUGAAAGUUACGUAUCAGGAGCUACCAGCAGUGCUCACAAUGGAGGAAGCCAUAGAGCAAAAGUCGUAUCAUCUGGAACCUCACCAGUUCGGAGUCAGUAUAGAUGAAGUCGAGGAUGAGCUGCUGAAAUGUGACAUCGUAAUUGAAGGAACUACAAGAAGUGGAUGCCAGGAUCACUGUUAUAUGGAACCGCAGGGUAGUAUUGCUAUACCUGGAAAAAAUGACGAAUGGGUCAUUCAUACUUCAACGGAAUCAGCGAAUUUGCACCAGCUCUUUACGUCGGCUGUCUUAGGUAUUCCGGCACAUAAGGUUACUGUGAAGGUGGAACGCGUUGGCGGUGCAUUUGGUGGUAAAUACACUCAAAGUGCGCCAGCUGGAGCUUGGGCUGCACUUGCAGCACGAGUGCUGAACCGCCCAGUCAAGGUUGUUCUAAAGAGGGCCGAAGAUAUGCUUAUCACUGGGAAACGUCACCCGGCCAUGGUAAAGUACAGAGUUGGCAUCGAUGUGACUGGUUUGCUACGUUGCGCGUAUCUCAAAGUGUAUCUCGACGGAGAUUAUGCUAUCGAUGCAUCAAAUGUGGUUACCUACAUGUCAACUGCCUUGUCCGAUACAUGUUAUAGCAUUCCAGUAAUGAGAGCUGAAGGAUACGCAUUGAAAACGAAUAAGUCGAACAACACUUUCGUAAGGGGCUGCGGUUUGCCUCAGGCUUACUUCGCAAUGAAUGGUAUCCUGUGUCACGUCGCACACGCUGUGAAUAAACCGCUCGAAAAGAUAAUGAAAAUGAACUUCAAUAAAAACGGAGGAAUACGACCAUCGAAGGAACCGAUUCUCAACGACGCCCUUUUGGAGUGCUGGGAAGAGUGCUUGAAGUGGAGUGAUUUCGACGAGCUGCGCGAAGAAGUCGACCGUUUCAACAAAACCUCGAAUCACAUAAAACGAGGAAUAGCUGUGAGUGCAACCCGGAUGGGUUUAGCGUCUCCUGGACCUAACGAACAGGCUGUAGCUCUCGUGCAGGUUUCUAAAGAUGGAAGCGUUGCAGUCACAAUUGGAGGAGUUGAGAUGGAACGUGAACUGAUCACAAAGUGUCAACAUGUUGCCAGUCGUGCAUUGCGAAUUCCUACCUCCUUUAUAACGGUAACUGAUGCGAGCACAGAUAAAAAAUAUAACCAACAACAGAAUGGAGGAACUCAAGGUGCAGACGUUCAUGGACGAGCGAUUAUGCCGAAACAUGGGAUCCCUCUACAGUCAUCCAUGUAUAACGCCACCGGCGCAGCGUGCAUCGUUUCACAGAUCGAUUGCCGUACUGGGGAGCAACAGAUUCUAUCCGUAGAUAUAGUCAUGGAUGUCGGCCGAAACUUAAAUCCAGCGAUAGAUAUCUGCCAAAUCGAGGGAGCGUUAAUGAUGAGCUAUAGCAGUCUCACAUUUGAAAAGGUGACAUAUGAUGACAAGGGGAAAGUGAUCGAGAAUACGUUUUCUUUAUACAAACUACCGUCUCCAUCAGUGACACCGAUGAAGUUUCGCGUAAAACUCCUCAAGGAAACCGACUGCACAGAAGAAGAGGAUAGCUUUCCG